AUGCCUAGGAAGGUGCUCACGGAAGAUGAGGGCAACAAAGCCCUAGACGCGGCCGGCGCAGACAUAAAGUACUUGUUUUCCAGGCAUGAGGUCAGCAUAGACAACCAGAAGCUCUUUUUCCAUCAUGGAGUGACCACCCUGGAGAAGCUGUCGAAUUUUGCGAAAGACAGAGAUGAUCUUACAGCAGUGCUCAAGGAGCAUUGGGAGCUUGAUGCAGAGAGGGCUUUGGAUGAACGAGUGCACAUGGCCGCAAUCUCGCGUGCAUUCAGUAAUGCAAAGACGAGGAGCCAGAGGGCAGCGGAGGUGGACGCAGAGUACGAUUCGCUGCAAUGGUCAAGGCCAGUGGUGGCGGGGGAAUGGGCGGCGAUGCGGUCAGCCCUGGAGAAGAGGUACGGGCACUUGGAAGACAAGGUGUACCCCGCCAAAGAAUAUGUUGAAAAGAAGUUGGCCGAGAUUGAGGGCGGCGAAUACCGGGCUGAGGAGCUCACAGAAGUUGUGUCGAAAGAAGAAAUUGAGCCGGAUUGUGUGGUGCCCAUUUGGGACUCCAAGGGCCGUUUGGCCAUGAAGAGAGGAUCCACAAAAGUGCAGGAACCGGCGAACGCCGAAGAACUACGCAGAAGAUUGUCGGUCUUGAAGAAUGCAAUGGUUAUGAUCUCGUUGAAGCAUUCCAACAGACACGAGCUUCAAGGCCAAACGUUUGCCUCACCACCCUGGAAGUUGGUCAUUGCCUAUGAGAGGGCAAUCCGGAAGCAGGCAGUAAAGAUCGUCAACGCGGAAGGCAAGCCGUACACGGUGGCACUGAAGAUAGCAUGGAAGGAUGCCACGGUCAAAGAGCGGAAUUUCACAACACCGCUGGCACUCUACGCCAAGCGGCCAUUGCCUCCGUGGCGGGAACAGCCACCAGACAAGUGGAGGGCCCCAGAGAAAGGAGUUGUUUUCAACCUCGGCCUUGGCCUCAAGGAAGAGGGUGAAGAGUUCUUCUUCAACCUCGGCUUCAAAGAAGAGGGCGAGGAGUUGACUUCAACCUCGGCCUUGGCUUCAAAGAAGAGGGAGCGGAGGAGGAGCCACUGGACUGGAGGGAUUGUCAAGAAGAGAAAAGUGGAGGAGGAGGAGAUGCGGGAAGAUGGCUUUUUGAAGGCCAUACGAGGGACCCUGGUAGGCAAGUUGGGCCUGUCGGAGCAGGUUUCGGGUACCCUCACGAGAUUGGCUGCGUAUGCGGCCCUGGCUUGGGUAAGCAGAGGUGACAUCACGCUGGCCGACGCUCGGAGAAAUGAGGACUAUGGCUCCUUUGUCCUUCAAAGACGGGAGGCAGUCAUAGAUGAUGAACUAUGA